CGCAUGCGCGGUAUCACAGCAACAGCGAUAAACAUGCAGACGGACGGUGAGCCCAAGAUGUCAUCGCAGCGGGAGUACGAGGCGGCAGAAUACCUCGAGAAACACAAAAUUAUUGAGCUGAUGGAUAAUUUAACUAGUAUGCUCUUCUUCUACAGACCAGAUCGCCCAAAGGAAUUUCUGAUCGACCAACUUGAAAGGCUGAAGCUUUCCAAAGCUCGUCUAGGAAUCACUCCGUGCCUCUUCAACGACUCCAACUUAGAUGCGCUGUUUGGAGUCCUGGAUCCUUCCAGUCAAGGCUUUAUCACUUAUGGUCAAUACAAAGAAGCACUGAAGACACUUGGCAUCAAGAAUUUCAAUGAGUUCCCGGAUGGAGCCAGUGAUGACAGGAUAUCACAAGAGACGUUCAUAAGAGAGGCGACAGAAGGGCUUGUCAGAAGUGCAGCAACAUUCCAGCUAUAGGUGAAUUAACAACUCUGUCCUUAAAAAUAAGUAUCUGUAAAAUAACUUUUGUAAUGAUUUCCAGAUCAACUAAACAGCUCUCAUAUGACAAAACAAAAUAAAUACCACAAAUAAAAUUAAAAUGUGAACAAAUAUA